CCCUCUUUCUCAGUAUCAACAACCUGAAGUUAUAUUGCUUGUAUAUUGCUUGUUUGUUGUGGUGCGCUCCUCUGUACAUAUAUUCAUCAUGCGAUCGUCUUAAGUUGUCGUCUACUACAACGGUCAUUAUCGCCAACCAUGGCCCAUUCCGCCGAAGAACUCCCCUCUCAUGCCUCUCCUAUGAUCUCUCCAGUUGCACGUCCUUCAGCAGGCUAUCUGAGCAACUGGAACGACCUCCAGGAAGAUGGUCCUCCCACACCAGGUCUUCCCAACAAUCUGAUAUCGCCCGCUUUCACUCCGCCCGCGACUCCAGGUGCUGGCACACCCUCCCGCCACCUCCAUGCAGAACCGAAAUCUAUUCCAGUCGAUACCUCUCUCGAUGAGCCUUCCACCAAACAGCCUCGGCUCGUCCAAAAGUUACCAAAUGUAGAAUGUCUCGUACGCGCAAGAAUACCGACCACAUCCGGAGCGGAAAUGUUUCUACACCUAUAUCAGAAUGAUUCAGACAACAAGGAACACUUGGCGAUCGUCUUUGGGAAUAGCAUUCGAAGUCGGAGUCUAGACGCAGAACGCCCAGGAGAGACAGAGAUGGAUCGCAUGAUACGAGGCGCAUACGUUGGAAGACUACGACCAGGUCGGACAAGUUCAAGGAUUGACCCAGAGUCGAGUAGGAGGCCACUCAACAAGCGCGCAAGAAGUGGUUCUGCGCUUAAGAAUGUCACAACAGUCCCUGAAGAUGGUGUUUUAGAUACUGAGCCAGAGACUCGGGUUCAGGUACCUGCGGCUACGCAGGAUGAGCAGAAUUCCGAAAAGCCCCAGGACCACGAAACUGGACUCGAACCGCUGCUCGAAAGUGUACAAUUGACAGUGUCCGGGAAGGCUCCUCUUGUGCGAAUACACUCUGAAUGCUACACCGGCGAAACAGCCUGGUCCGCUCGAUGCGACUGCGGAGAACAACUUGAUGAGGCAGCCCGGUUAAUGUCCCUACCGAACUCUCCCGGCGGUGUGAUCGUCUACUUGCGCCAGGAAGGCCGAGGUAUUGGCUUGGCUUCAAAACUCAAAGCGUACAAUCUACAAGAUCUGGGUAAUGACACCGUGGAAGCAAACCUCCUCCUUCGACAUCCCGCCGACGCAAGAACGUAUGGUUUGGCCACGGCCAUCCUGCAAGAUCUUGGACUGGGCACGGAUAGCGAUGGCCAAAAGGCGCCUGAAGAGAGAGGCAUAAGGCUCCUCACGAACAACCCCGACAAGGUCAGAGCCGUCGAAGGCCCGAAUAAAGAAGUUCGUGUUCGUGAAAGAGUUGCCAUGAUUCCUGUCGCAUGGCGGACGUCGGGAGCCAAGGGAGUUAGAGGUGCUGAAAUCGAGAAGUAUCUCGAGACCAAGAUUGGUCGCAUGGGACAUAUGAUUCGAGAGGAGUAGACAUUGACUUCUUGACAUCUACUCCUCAUCAAUCUAUUGUUCCGUCCCAGUGGAGCACAGCGCCUCUUGAUCUUGACAAGACGAAGUCCCGCUUUGCUACAUAUUUCCCAGCACUGCAAGGCUUCAGGGUGAGGGGAAAUUAGGGACCAUUCACGAUGAGACGUUGCGCAUCUUCAUGGGAAAGUUCGACCGAAGCAUAAAACGGCCAUAAGGGUCAAGCCUGUUGUUCUUGGAUCGACAAGGUGCAAGAUCUCGUCCAAGUACAUGGAGUUCCACUGCUGUGAUCAACACUAGCUACCUCCCAGAAGACGCCAAAUGCAAGCACACCCCAGAAUACUUCAUGGAGCCUGCCGACCAUCCAGUAUUACCUCCGACUAAGUCUUCUUUGGUUUCAGCGUCCGAUCUCCGACGAUUUGACGCGUCGCUGGGACGGAACCAGCUCAAGAGUCAACUCAUUCAGACGUAUGCUCCAAAAACGACGAAACUGUCGAGAAAUAUUGGCGAGUUGUGCGUUUCCAGACUGUCUCAUUCCACCCAGUGGUCUCGAAUAUACGAUAUAGUGGGGAGCUGCACUGUGUCUCUCUGGUCUGAUAUUUGAGAGGCAUGUCUGUCGAAGGGGUGGAAGACGUCAAGCAGCAUGGAAGAACAAGUCCGGCAUCCUAAUAUUAACCUAGGGCUACGAAGCGGAUGGGCCGCGAUUUGGUGGAUAUACACAUUAUCUGACAUAUAUUGAUAUCAAGAUGUAGAUGCUCACAGCCCGAAAAGAGACUAAAAUAGGCGAGCUUGAGCUGAGAGCAUAUCGUGCCGAUGACAAUAUACAUACUUCCUCUG